CUUUUUUUUUUUCAUCUCUCUCUCUCUAUUCUUCUCUUCUUCUUCUUUGUUGCUCUCGGAUCAACCCUAGCUAUGGCAUCUCCGAAAAAGAUGUUCCAGAUCUUCGUUGCCUUCCCUGACCUAGGCCUUCCUUCCCGAUCCCUUUCCCUAUCGCCCGAUCUCACCCUCCACCGCUUAAAGCGAUCCCUUUUCCCCUACCAAACCCAAACACAAACCCUGAACUCCCUCUACUUUUCCCUCAACGGCAAACCCCUCCUCGACUCUUCCACGGUUUCCUCCGCUGGUGUUACGAGCUCAGCACUUCUCACCCUGCGCCUCCGAGUUGCCGGCGGCGGAGGCGAUGGCGGCGCCACCGGUGCCGAAUCGCGCGAUUGUUACCUCAACAUGUAUGCUGUCAAAAAGCCCGACAAGGUUGACCCGAACGAGACCCGAAUUUCGCGCUGGACUACUUGCGCCCUCUCCACUGAGCCGCUCGCCCCUCCAUGCGUGAUUGAUAGAAUUGGUAAUAUCUUCAACAAGGAGCCUCUCGUCGAAGCUCUCAUCCACAAGCGGCUUCCUAAGGAGUUUAACCAUAUCAGAGGGUUGAGAGAUAUGAUUCCUAUUCAUCUUUCGCCAAUACCUGAUGCUGGUAGACCGGAGAUGAGGUUCCAGUGCCCAAUUUCUGGGCUUGAGUUCAAUGGGAAGUAUGGGUUUGUUGCUAUUAAGGGAUGUGGGCAUGUUUUGAGUGUGAAGGCUUUAAAGGAGGUGAAGUCGUCUGCUUGCUUGGUUUGCCAUAAGGAGUUUUCGGAGUUGGAUAAGGUUGUGAUCAAUGGAAGUUCUGACGAGGUGGCUGUUCUGAGGGAGAGGAUGGAAGAGGAGAGGGGAAGGUUGAGGGAGAAGAAAGAGAAGAAAGUUGGGUAUAGUUUGAGUGGCACAAAACAUGGGGUUGAUGAGAAAACUAGGAGCUUGGAGAAUGUUGGGCAUGAUAGGUGUGGGAAGAGGUUCAAGGCUGUUGAUAUUGCUCCUGUUAAUGCCACCAAGGAGGUUUAUGCUUCUAUUUUUACUUCAUCUAAGAAGACCGAGUUCAAAGAAACUUAUUCUUGCCGGUCACUGCCGCUUGGUAGGAAUUGAGGAGGUGAAACCUGAUGGAGUGUUGCCUUGUUUGCAAAGUGGUACAUGGAUAUUUCUCUCUUCUGGUUAUGUAGUUAGUAAGAGUUAAAUUACGUUGGUUAACAGCGUGAGCACGGUGCCUUUGGAAUAUUUUGUGAUAUAUUUGCUGUUUUAAACUAACUACAUCAGGUGGACUGCCUAAACUCCUUUUAAAUGUAUGAACGACUUAAUAGAAUAUGUUAUGAUUGUUUGGGUUUAUACACAUCAAACAUGCUGCCAAGUUAUUUUGAAUUGUUUUCAAUGUCUUUUCCUUUG